AGGCUCUCCGUAGUUCUCUCUACAUGUGACGCGGGACUUCGAGUUUCGCGGCAGAAGUUUUUCUCCGCCAACAUCUCAGCUGCGCGGUGAUCGUGACGUCAGACGGAGGUCACUGAAACGAUUCUCGUGACUGUGUACCCGGCACUGGCAGAUUGGUUCUAGCUCAGUGCGGACUACUUUUGAGGUUGUUAGCAUAACUUAUUUCUCCUGAGGCAUCGGUCUAGCACAUGGGAAGAAUCCAACGUUUAAGUAGGUCUACUUCCUCAUCAGCCAUGGACAUUGACCCUCCUUCAUCUUCGUGGAACUUGUGCCCAUCGUUCCUCGAUUCUCAACGAAAUCGAAUGCACUUGCAAGAUGACACGAGUGGGUCUGUAAUUGGUUCUCCCCCUCCAGCUGGUCCACCUAAAAUCUUGUGGGACGAAACCUUUUCUGUGGAUGUGCCAAAUUUAAAAGAGCAAGGUAAUGGAAAUAACCUCCCUGGAGAAAAAGGACAAGUAAUGGAAGCAGAGUUAUCUUUGCGUGUGCAAGAAAUCAGACUUCAACCUCCUCAGCCCAUGAUCAUAUGCGAAACUGUGGAAGAUGAAAAGGUUGAGACACCCAUUACAGCACCCACAGACACGGUGUCUUUGGCCGUGCCUCCAGUCGAUGUGUCAAAUGAGAAAAAACGGCCACCUCUGACCGCACCAUAUUAACGUUCACCAACUUGGUGUUAUGAAGUGUUUUUAAGAGCAGUUUCGCUUUCGAAAAGCACUGCCGAUCUUUGGAGACGAAGCCAUUUCACGAUGACUUAGAUGUCUAAGUUUAAUGUAAUGUUGACUGUUUAAAGAUCAUCCGACGAAACAGGAAGUGUAAACCACACUUCGAAACAUCGUAUUGUGUUUGAGUGGUUUGAUGUUCCGGUGUUUUUGGAAAUAAUUGUGUUUAUCAGGAUUUCGUUGAGUGCGUUGCGAAAUUCAUUCAUUCAGCCUAAACGACGAAGGGCUUCUUUUUUUAACAUCUGACUGUUUAACGGUCACAAAUGUCUGCAAACAUGCUUGUCGCAUAUAUUUAUGGGAACUUGUCAUGUUUCACAUUCAAUUUUCUUUUAGAUAUGAAGUAUUCUGUAGUUUACAUCAUAUUUAUAUAUGACGAAUAUCUGAAACUGUAUACGUGUGGUUCAGCUUUUACACAGAAAUAUUAAUAAAUUGCUUUUAGUUAGUUCUAUUUAAUACAACUCAUUCUUAGUUUAAUUUAUUGAAGGUGCAAUCUGUAUUUUGAAAUUUAUCUGAAUUUAUAACAAAGCAAAAAAUGUCGGCAUUACAUAUUAAACAAAACUAAGUAUUGUGAAAAAGCUUCUUAAGAUUUUUUGUCAUAAAGUACUUGGUAAUUAGAAUUUGUAAUUUUUUCCUUAAAAUUCUGGUCAGUAUUUGUGUAACAAAAAUAUGUAAAAUGUUCGUGUGGUAACUUGAAGAAAAUGUUUAAAUAUGGAUAUUUUAAUGUACACUGUUACUUUUAUGUGCACAAAAGUGCUAGCUAAGCAUGAUGAGUGUAGUUUGAUUGUUGUAAGAUCUUCGAAGAAGGUGUUUGGCCUUCAAAUGCUGUUACAUGAAAAUGCUAUUCAAAACAUUGGUAAAAAAAUGUGUUUUAAUGUGUAUGAAAUUCUUAACUUAUUUGAUGUAUCUAUUAAUGUAAUAUUAAAUCAUGAUUAAAUCUUUCAAUUUUGAUGAA